AUGUUGCUGCAGCCCUGCGCAGUGGAAUGCAAGGAGCGGGGCGGGGUGUGUUGCAGUGCAAGAGACGAAGAAGCGCGUGGAACAGGCCAUGCUCAACACGACCAUCUGGAUCUGCAAGGCGGACGCCGAGUGCUCCAUGGCGCUCGACUACUACCACCGCUUCUGCCGCUCCAUGUUCCAAGACCCUCCUCGGCAACACAUACAUGA